CUCCUCAGAAAUAUUCACACAAUUUCAACACAAGCACAUUCUACUCACAAUUCUCACACGAUAAUAAACAAUAAACUGCACUCAAUACUCAAUACAAUAAAAUACACAUAUAGACAUGUUUCCAAUGGCAGAUUUAGGUCUACUUUCGUAUCACUCGGUUAACGGUCGCAAAUUAGAUAGCCAGAAGGAUGAAUGCAGCCAUAAAACCGACUCUUCAGGUUCCCUUUUUCCUAUGCAGGAACAUAUGUUACGCACUCAACUGCUAUUACUAGACUACAAACAAUUUAAGGCCGCUCGCACCAUACAAAGACAUGUUCGUGGCUUUAUCGUUCGUCAGCGAAUGCAGAGAGAGCUGAAAGCGGCCCUAGUUAUUCAGAGGGCUUGGCGUCGAUGUGUGGGCAAGCGACAUCUGAUAAUCUUCGCACAGGAGCGCACGCAAGAUGCAAUACAGAUUAUGUACUACAAUGCAUCCCUGAAGAUUCAGGCCUUCUUCCGCGGCUGGUGGUCGCGCAAGCAUAUCAAUAACAUGCUCUUCCUCAAGAACAUGCAACUGCAGUACGUGGAGGAGCUGCUGAAUACGUUUGCCCUGAAGUUGCACACGAUGAUGCGAACUGGGCAUCUACCUGGAUAUGUUAGUCUGUGUGUGGAGCCGAGCAGCUCAAAAGUAAAGGACCUCUUAAUGACAUUGACCUAUCGAUUCUAUAAUCGAUAUGUGUGCAAUAAAUAUAUGACAACCAAGAAGACUAAAGAUAAAUAUUGCCGGGAUUUCAUGGAUGCCGCUUAUUGGACUUGGGUACCAUAUAUGGGCUUCAAUCACAACGGCGUAUGCAAUAAAUGGAUCAAUAACUACGAUAUUGUGCCCAAGGUCUAUGCACUGCGGGAGUACGACGUGGCCCAGGUCUUUAUGUCGCAGGCUCUAUUAAGCAAUUUGCAUAAGAAACAGUUGUUGGCCAAAGAGAAGGAAGCAAGGAAAUCUGUUCGCUAUACCGCAACCGAUUAUCGAUUCUGCAGAGAUAUUGCCAAUAGCAUGAAAUAUUGGCGCGUCUGCAAAGUGUGUAAGGAUAAAGUCACGGACAGCCUAAUGGGAGAUCAGUUCCAGGAAUACCUAAACGAGGUCCAGCUCCACUUGGAGUCUAUGCAAUUCGGGGGCAACUGCCCCUGCAGUCGUGAUAAAAGGCAACAAGACCAUCUCAAAUGUAUAUCACCUUCAGCCGAACCUGCUUCGCCCCGCAACAGUAAAUACCCAAAAAUGGGCAUUUCAAAUAGCAACAUUAAUAAAUUCUCGAAUUUAGGCGGUUCAAAUAACGAUAUAGAACAAUAAUGAAGACACUGUAUUUAGUAUA